UGCGUUUGCUGGCGGUAGACCAAUGGAAGACGUUUCAGUACUGAGUGUCAGGUGUGGGAUUAUGUUAUCCUGCAACCAGGUAGUAUAGCCUGUAACUGCACAUUUCACGAUUCUUCAUGCUCUUAUAACGGAUGGCAGAGCUCUGGCACUUCCCUGCACUUCUAGCGGUGAUCUGGGGACCUGUCGGGAUCUUUCUGUACGGAAUCUUCUUCACAGACCACGGAGAGAAGGGCUUUCCCUAUGGAUGUGUUGACCCUGCCUACUGGUGCUACUACAGUCUGCUGAUCCCAAUCACUGCUCCUGUUGCUGUGUUCUUCCUGUUUCUCAACUGGCUGGGUCUCAAGUUCUUCAGACACAACUAAAGAGAAAUCAUCCUUGAAGACUGAGGAGGAACUGUUGUAGUACUUUAAGACUUUCACAGACUGUUGAAGAGCUGGCAAUAUUACAGAAAUCAUACAUG